UAUGGCACCACUUGCAGAUAAAAAUGAAAUUAAAAAAGCUCUUCUAUCUGAUAAGAGAAAUGGGGUGCCCUAUGUACGACGCUGCGGAAAAGUGAUUCAGUUGGUGGGAAAUCGUCAUCGUGGUUAGAAGAUAUCUCGGAACUAAUAGAAUAACAUGUGCAGAUCCAUCGGAAUCUGUGUGGCCAUCACCCUGAUCGUCAUCGGGGUGCUGUUUCUGAUCGGAGGGAUCCUAGGUUUGGUCGCCCCAAUCAUUAUCGACUGCGAUAGCAUCGACGACCUGACACCCGAGGACUACGAGACUUGCCAAACCCUCGACCACGCCCUCAUGACAGCUGGCAUCGUUACCACCUGCAUAGGAGGAAUCCUGGUCCUUGUGGGCAUCAUCAUGAUCUACUGCCUGAGAAGCAGGCGUCCCAAAAUCAUCCAGGCAGCUCCAGUCAUCGCAACGAUUCCGCCAGGAUAUCCGCAGUACCAAAAUCCCCUGAUGCACCAAAACCCAGAAGCUCCUCGCAGCUCUGCUCCUGCGCAUCCUGACCUCAGCAAUUUCACCCAACACUCAUAAAUAUGAACCGUGCUACAGGUUUUUCACAUGGAUCCCUUGUCCUGCCGUGAGUGUUCAUUACAAUUUUAAAAUAAAGGAGUAUGUCCCGGCGCUUAUGCUUGUCGUACGUUUCAUGCAUAUAUAAUGCAGUGUCUCUAGUAUGGUUAAGGAUGCAUUUAAGUUGAAGGACACAUUUAGGAAGCAAUGAGGUGCCACCAUCAGCUGUCACGAAAGAUCAUGUCAAUGUCUGCUUAGUAGUGUUAAAGGUAAUUAAUUGUUUAAUACCCUUCGUCAGUCUCUUACAGAUGACAGGCAUUGUCUUUACUGGGAUCAUUUUGUACAAAAAAGAAUUUUACUUAAAUAAAAUGUGGAGAGAUAGUUCCAGGAACUGGGAAGGUAAUUUACUAUGGUGGAAACUGGGCUAGGAGGCUACAAGUUUGUGUUUGAAAAUGGUCAAUGGUCAUUUCCUCUUCUAGAAAAAUAAACUACAAAGGCAGGGAAA